ACCUCUCAGUCUACCUAGUCUACAAGCUAAGGAACACAUCCAAACUGCCUCACGGCAUUACUAUUUUGAAUUAGAACUUUAUCGGCACUUUGCUAAAGGAUGGCAUCCAAGAUGAAGGAUCGCAAGAGAACUCCCAUCUCCCAUAAAGUGAUAGAAAAAAGAAGACGAGAUCGCAUCAACCGCUGCCUAAACGAACUGGGGAAAACCGUGCCAAUGGCGCGCGCGAAACAGAACUCUGGAAAGCUGGAGAAGGCCGAGAUUCUGGAGAUGACAGUUCAGUAUCUACGAGCGCUGCACUCUGCAGACUUCCCCCGGGGCAGAGAAAAGGGUGAGCUACUGGGGGAGUUCGCCAACUACUUCCACUACGGCUACCACGAGUGCAUGAAGAACCUGGUGCACUACCUGACCACGGAGGAGAGGGUUGAGACCAAAGACAUCAAGUACGCAAGGAUCCUGGCCUUUCUUCAGUCCAAGUCCCGGGUCGCCACCGAGCCGGUGUUCGGCUCCAUGGGCGCAUUGCCAGACCAGGCAGAUUAUCUGUGCCAGUUGCACUCCUCCCCGGAGUCACUCCAGAGCCACAGCCCCAACGACUCCGUGUUUCAGCAGAGCCCACCCGGACACUUCUCUUGGCACAGCACGGCGCGCAGCCCGACCAUCUCGUAUCCAACGGUGCCGCUUUCCGCGCCGACGCAACAGCACCAUGGUGGCUACCUGUCACCAGUGCAAGGACUUGACCAUCACUACUUCAACUUUUUCAACGGCCACCCGCACGCGAAUGCGUUCAGUUUGCACAGUACGCAACACGCGUUGUAAAUAGAAUCCGGUUACCAUUUUGUGUUGUCUUUAUUUAUAUAUGUGUUCAUAAUAAAUACUUAAAGAUUGUGGA